UUAGAUUCACAUAGAUUCUUUAUAAUCUGCAGCCUUGACAGUCAGCAGGGAUUGAUGUAAGGGGCCGACUGGAUCCAAUAUCAUCACCACCUGUUACCAGAAAAUCAGAGUCUGGAUCUGAGUGGAACUGCUCCUGAGUCUGCCAUCAGACACACUCCCUAACCACCAUAAGGAUUGGGACAGCACCUUGGCCACAACAACCUGGCCAUAACAACAGCCCAUACACCAGGCCGGUCAGUGCCCAGAGUGGUCCAAAACCAAGCCCACCAUAGGCUAGGCUCCAGCUCCAGGUGAGAGCCUGAGUCCCCCCACAGCCAUGCCCAGGGAAGCUCCUCUGCCACAGGUAGAAUCAGUGCUCACCUGCCUGAUUGAUGGCUAGACCUCUACAGACAAAGAGCCGGAGGCCUUUCUACUGAGGGCAGAUUCCCUCACUGUGCCAUAGCACAUGGAUUUCAAGACUUCAAAUGAAGAGACGAAGACUGGGGUUUAUCUGCUGCAAGAUGGUAACGAGGAGCCUUUCAGUAUUCGACUGCACUUGGCGAAAGACAUUCUGACAAUUCAAGAGCAAGAUGUCAUCUGCGUGUCAGGAGAACCAUUUUAUUCGAGUGAGAGAACUGUAACCAUCAGAAGACAGACGGUUGGAGGUUUUGGUUUGAGCAUUAAGGGAGGCGCGGAACACAAAAUCCCCGUUGUGAUAUCAAAAAUAUCAAAAGAGCAAAAAGCUGAACUGUCUGGGUUGCUGUUUAUCGGAGAUGGGAUCCUCCAGAUAAAUGGAAUCAAUGUUCGGAGCUAUCGCCACGAGGAAGUGGUGCAGGUUUUGCGAAAUGCCGGAGAGGAUGUCACUCUGACUGUUUCUUUCUUGAAGAAGACGCCAGCUUUUCUGAAACUGCCCCUCUGUGAAGACUGCACAUGUGUUCCAAGUGACCAGAGCAGUGGAACGUCCUCCCCUCUAUGCGACAGUGGCUUACACCUGAACUAUCAUCCUAACAACACGGACACACUGUCCUGCUCAUCUUGGCCCACGUCCCCUGGGCUCCGGUGGGAGAAGAGAUGGGUGGACCUGCGCCUUAUUCCUCUCCUCCACUCUCGUCUGUCACAGCACGUCCCCGGCUCUGACGUCUGCAGGAGAAAUGCAUUUCAAGUCAUAGCUGUGGAUGGGGUUUGCAGUGGGGUUAUCACGUGCCCCGCUGCUGAAGACUGCCUAGAUUGGCUCCAAUCAAUCACAACUAACAUAUCCGCUCUCACCAAGCACAAUGUGAAGAAGAUAAACAGAAACUUCCCAGUUAAUCAACAGAUUAUCUACAUGGGCUGGGUAGAUGAGAAGGAGCAGGACUCCGUUCAGGACCGAAUGUAUUCAUCACAGUUCCUUGCCUUGAGGGGUUCCUCACUCUUCAAGUUCUCAGCACCUCCUGUGACCACAUGGGACUGGACGAGGGCAGAGAAAAGCUACACUGUGUAUGAGAUCAUGUGUAAAGUUUUAAAGGACAGUGACCUCUUGGACAAGCGGAAGCACUGCUUCAGUGUCCAAACGGAGUGUGGGGAGGACAUGUUCUACAGCGUAGAGCUGGAGUGUGAGCUGCUCAUCUGGGAGAAGGCCUUUCAGAUGGCUACCUUCCUGGAGGUGGAGAGAAUACAGUGUAAAACAUACGCUUGCAUCGUGGAGAGCCACCUGAUGGGACUGACCGUAGACUUCAGUAUGGGCUUCGUCUGUUUCGAUGCUGCUUCAAAGGCAGUGCUAUGGAGAUACAAGUUUUCCCAACUGAAAGGGUCCUCUGAUGAUGGGAAGAGCAAGAUCAAAUUUCUGUUCCAAAAUCAGGACAAUAAAGCUAUUGAAGCCAAGGAGCUGGAAUUUUCAAACCUCUUUGCCGUGCUUCACUGUAUCCAUGCGUUCUUUGCUGCCAAAGUUGCUUGCCUGGAUCCAAUGUUUCUGGAGAGCCACGGUGCUGUGACGACCACGGGGGGGUUGGGGGUUCCCACUCUCACCAGUGUCUCCUGUAAUGCACAGACAUCCCAAAUCAAAUACUCUACCUGACAGAGCCUGUACACCCCCUCUCCUUCCCUUCCCCUAAGUACUCCCUCUCGACACUGCACUUUCACUACAUCGUGGACCAGAGAGAAGGAGGAGACGAAACAAACGAGUAUGUUCUACUGUCAUCCACUGAACAAAGACAUGUGAAUCCAACAUGUAAAUGGAACUAUUAUUGGCAGACCUCUUUUUUUUUCUUCCAAGAAAGACACAUUUUAUAUUUUAUCAGAGAAAGGGAUGAUAACUGUGUGCACUUUAGGACCUGUACAUUGCACUGUACUUCAAAUGACUUUCUAAUAUGGAGGAGUGAACGCAGAACCAAUGAAUGGAGAAUGGAUGACAAAACAAUUCUCAAUUGAGUUUUUUUGUCUUUGGGUAGGACCUCGGACAUAAUUCACAAUGAUUCACACGUGUUGUUCACACUGCUGAUAACACAAUCUUAUUUCCACAAUCUUAUUUCCAACUGUUUUCUACAAUAUUGUAUCAUUUUCUUGAAGGUUCGAGUGUAUUUUCUUUGAACAGGUACAUACACUGAGGACUAUGAACAAAUUGCUAUCUUCUUCCUGACAAAAGAAGAUUUCAAGACAAUUUGAAUUCUGAUGAUUAUAGCAAUUUUAAGGACGGUCACUAAGUUAAUAUUGCCAACAUUUAUCACGGGAAGUGUUAAUUAGUCAUACAGAAAUGUUAGUCAUUUUUUUCAUCACUUAAACCGAUUGAUUUCCUAAUAAUCAUGAAUAAUUAUUAGAUUCAUGAUUAUUGAAAAGAUGGGAAUGUAAAACUACACUGUUACAUAACUUAAUAUUUUUUAUUGUGCGGUUGUAUAAUGAAGUUGAAAGCACUUAGUUUUCUCCAAUCUAUGUUAUUUGAUUUAUCUGAAAACAUCCUUUUAAUUCAACAAAUAAACGGUGAAAUGUGUGCACAUUAUGGAUUAUACACAUAUGUAUACACUAAUCAACCCUGUGGCACCUUUUAAUUCUGUGUUCUUGUCAUAUAGAUUAUUGUUGUUGCCCCUGAGGUAGUUCCGAUUUGCUAUAAAUAUAAAUCACAUCAUGUCAAAUUAUAUACAAGUUCCCUUUCAACAGAACAGAAAUGAAUGGAGAAUUUCAGAGAAGAAAUGGCUCAGGUUUUGGAUUUAAGCACAGCUUUUUUUAAUGAUGUGGAGGAGAGGAAAGGGAUGAGCGCUGCUAUGGUGAGUCUGUCAGGAAGAGGGGCAGCCGAGAGGUGUUUUUUAAUCAAGGCAUUCAGCGAAGAGUAAUCUCUAACACACCCAACCUGGUCAGGACUCAUUUUAAGGGCGGAUUCACAAUCAUUAAGUCAAUUGAAUCAUUGAGAAGGAUUCAGACUAAGUGCUAGCUACAGCCAACACAGUCAGCCAGAUUCAGAACAUGUGAACAGAUUCAGAACAUGU